AUGGUGACCCCGUGCCCCGCCAGCCCCGUGAGUCCCGCCGUGCGGUCUGGGAGAAGGGACACUGCCCAGUACCUGCGUGCCCCGGUAAAGAAGAUUAGGCGCCCACGCCUCCGGAGGAAGCAGCCGCUGCAGCCGCUGCGGCUAUGCCCGCUCCCGGGGGACUCGGGCGUUUGCGACCUGUUCGAGUCCCCAAGCUCCGGCUCGGAUGGCGCAGGCAGCCCCGUGGUGACCUGGGCGCGAGGCCCUGCCCAGCGGCCCGAGCAGCUAGAUCUGCGGACCUUCCGCGAUUACGGCCAGAGCUGCUAUGCCUUCCACAAGGCACGAGAGAGUCACUUCCACGCGCGGGAGGCGCUGGCGCGGCAGCCACAGGUAACCGCGGAGUCCCGCUGCAAGCUUCUCAGCUGGCUGAUCCCCGUGCACCACCAGUUCGGCCUCUCCUUCGAGUCGCUGUGCCUGGCGGUGAACACGCUGGACCGCUUCCUCACUACCACACCCGUGGCUGCCGACUGCUUCCAGCUACUCGGGGUCACGUCCCUGCUCAUCGCUUGCAAACAGGUGGAGGUGUACCCGCCGCGCGUGGAGCAGCUCCUGGCCCUGUGCUGCGGCGCCUUCUCCCGUCAGCAGCUCUGCAACCUCGAGCGCAUCGUGCUGCACAAGCUGGGCUUCAGCCUGGGCGCUCCGACCGUCAGCUUCUUCCUGGAGCACUUCACGCACGCACGCGUGGACGCCGGGCAGACCCCAGCCUCCCAAGCCCUGGAGGCGCAGACGCUGGCGCGCGCGGUAGCAGAGCUGAGCCUGGCCGACUACGCUUUCAGCAGCUACGCCCCUUCCCUGCUGGCCAUCUGUUGCCUGGCGCUGGCUGACCGUAUGCUCCAGCUCCCACGCCCCCUGGACUUGAGCCUGGGCGGGCACUCGGAGCGCGAGCUGCAGGCCUGCCUGGCCAAGCUUCGGCUCCUGGUGGCCAUCAACGAAACUUCCCUGACGCACAUGCUGCCCUUCGAAAUCUGCGACAAGUGCAGCCUGUUGCCGAGCUUGAAAUAA